CGCCGUCAAAGAGAACCGAGAAGAACGGAGAGAAAGAGGUGCGGUGUUGCGUGACUGGGUGCGAGCGAUCGUGGCGCGUGUGUGUUUGUUGUGUUGUUAAGCAUAAACGAGUUUUACAAGAUUCUCCGCGUCCUCCGCCUUUUCAAGUAAUACGCGAACAUAAGCGGACAAAACUAGGAAAAACGAACCGGGUGCGGAGUAAUCGAGAGAAGCGAGGAAGAAAGAGUGAGAGCAAGAGAGCGAGAAAGAGAGAGAAAGAGAGCGAGAGAGAGAGAGAGAGAGAGAGAGAGAGAGAGUGAGUGAGUGAGUGAAGAAGAGAGCGAGGGUGACCAGCGGGGAAAACAGCAGUAUCGCCGUUCGAUUGAUAAAGGGAUCAGCUUUGUGACGAACAGAAGCCAUACGAUGUCGUCCUACAUUCAGGUCGCCGAGGAUGAGGGUGAGGAGCCGAUCGAGCUGCCGACCGAGGACGAUACCACGCUCUUGCUCACCACCCUAUCCGCCCAGUUUCCCGGCACCUGCGGCCUCAAAUACCGCAAUCCGGAGUCCCGUACGAUGCGUGGCGUCCGACUGGUCGAUGGCCGUCUACAUCCGCCCGAAAAUGGCUGGGGCAAGGCGAUUUACUUCUGCGUAUUCCCUAAAGAGAACAAACGUAAAUCUGAUGACAAUUUGGAAAAUUCCACAGCUAAGACUAAAAGAAUGGAAACGAAGUUGCGUUGCACUGACUUGAUUGUACUUGGUUUACCAUGGAAAACAACCGAACAGAAUUUGCGUGAAUAUUUCGAAACGUUUGGUGAAGUUUUAAUGGCACAGGUAAAAAAAGAUGCAAAAUCCGGUCAAAGCAAAGGAUUUGGCUUUAUUCGAUUUGGAAGUUAUGAGUCGCAAUUGAGAUGCCUUGCUCAACGUCAUAUGAUAGAUGGCAGAUGGUGCGAUGUCAAGGUUCCUAACAGUAAGGAAGGAAUGAUACAGCAAGUUCCCUGCAAGGUUUUCGUCGGCCGCUGCACAGAAGAUCUAACCGCGGACGAUCUACGAGAAUAUUUCUCCAAAUUUGGCGAAGUCACGGACGUUUUCAUCCCGAAACCUUUCCGCGCAUUCUCGUUUGUCACUUUCUUAGAUCCUGAGGUCGCUCAGUCGCUCUGUGGCGAAGAUCAUAUUAUCAAGGGUGUCUCGGUACACGUCUCGAAUGCCGCGCCCAAGUCCGAGGGAAACAAUAAAAAUUUUAAUAAUCAAGUUAACUCGAACAUGAGGGGCGGCAGGGGCGCGCCGGGACCCGUCGAUAAUAACGUCCAGGGCAAUUAUCAGGGUAACCGUUAUAUGGGCCAUUCGGGCAACAAUAUGGGCCCGAAUGGCUGGAAUAAUCCGGGAAAUCGCGGUAAUCUCGACAUGCCAAAUCUACAAGCCCUUGGUAUCACCGGUCAAAACAACGGUGGUGGUGGUGGAGGCGGUAUGUCGAAUCCGCUGGCGAUGGGUGGUCUGAAUCUAUCUGCGUUGCCGGUCAAUCCGGCAUUGGUGGCCGCCGCUCUGAACCAGGCGUCCUGGGGUCUGAUCGGUAAUCUGCAGAACCAGGGAAACGACCAGGGUUAUUCGAACCAGCCGGGCCCACCGGGCCAGCCGCCCUCCGGUAACAAUAGUAUUGGUAACAGUGGCAAUUCUGGCUUUCUCAGCUGGAUGAACCAAGGCGGCGGCGAUGGUAAUACUGGUAAUCCCGGCACCGGCGGCCCCGGGCCGAAUAACCCGAACGCGUCCCAGGGCGCCUGGCAGAAUCACCCGGGUCAGCGCGACCAGAAGUCGAAUACCUUUCUCAAGUACGAGUAAAUUCAACCGGGGCCGUGGGUCUACUCGUAAAACCAAACGGAUCCUCUAUCCACGGGUCCCGAUGCAACAACCAUAACGAACGGUGGUAAUUGAUGAGAUCGAUGUUUUUCAAAAGCUCGUCGACCUCAGAAAAAGAAAAAGACCUAGAGCCUAUAGUACGUUGACGUUUUUUCUAAUGUUUUGCACUAAUCACCACUGCGUGUAUUAUAAUAUUUCAAGAUCUUACCCUCUCUUAUUGGUUUGACAAAUUAGCACAAUUCCGUUCGUUUAGGUUUACAUCAAUUGUAGACGGAUAGCUUCGAUCAUUCGAAUAUAUGUGCGCGAUUUUUGUGUCACUCUCUGAUGUGAGCAUCCGAUGAAUAGUGGCAUGAAUAAAAUCAAUACGUAUGAAGUUGAUGUGUGAGCAGCUUAGCUGUACAAUGAUAAGAUUGCACGGUCGAAUACAUUUAUUGCUUAGCAUAAUAAUUGGUAAACGUGUAAUUUACAUGUACAAAGAUACCUGAUGAGAUCUGAGUCCCAAGAAGACUUAAGCUACUUCAUUUAGUCUGGAUCUACAAUAAGUGUUUUAAGCCUUAAACUAUAAAAAAUGGAUGAAUCGCAGUCGAUUGUUCUCCUCGCAUUCGACUGUAAUUGAUCAAUCUUUUACGAUUUCAGGCUUAGAACACUUAUUGUAGAUCCGUACUUAUUAAACCCAGUGAAAUGUGUACCAAAACAAUCUUACUAAAA